UGGCUAAUGUUAGCUGCACCUAAUCUCAUCUAAUUAUGUCCCGGAAGAAUUAGUUAGAGGCAGUUAGAAUGCGUCAGAAUUAGUUAGAGUUAGUUAUGCUGCAGCUGUGAAGUUAGUUAUGCUGCAGCACACAAUUUCUGCUUCUCUGCAUCUAUAAAUACAUAGUGAAGCAAUUGUAUAUAACUCUCUUUUUGAUCUUCAUCUAAUAUAGAUCUCUCAGCCUUCAUACACUCCUCUAAUGGAGAUCUUGUAGUUUCACCAUUUUGGAUCAGAUUUCUUCAUGGUGUCAGAGCCGCGAAUCAGUCAGUGAUUCAAGCGAAGUCGAUCAGUUACAGAUUGUGAACUCGAGCACUCAGAAUCUGUGAAGAACAAUGGUGAGCACAGAUACAAUGGAUGAUGUGGAGAAGCAACGUAACCAUCCUCUUCAUCUUCAUAAUUCUGAUACUCCAGGGAUUCCCUUGACCACAAUUCUGCUCACAGGAGUCGAAAACUAUACGAUAUGGAGCAGAUCGAUGCUGCUCAAUCUGAGAGCUAAGAGCAAAAUUGGAUUCGUCAAAGGAACCUGCAAAAGGAGUGAUUACAGUAGUGAUUUGGAAGAGCAAUGGGAGAAAUGCAAUGCUUUUGUCCUAUCAUGGAUUGUCCACUCAGUUUCGAAGGAACUCAUGAAUGGGAUCAUGUAUGCAUCAGAUGCAGCAACUGUGUGGGCAGAUCUAAAGGAAAGGUUUGACAAAGUUGAUGGAUCUAGAGGUUACCAGUUGCAUAGAGACAUAUGCACCAUUGCUCAGGGAACCUCAUCUGUUUCAGCUUAUUUCACUAGGUUGAGAUUACUUUGGGUUGAGUUUGAUGCACUGAUUGCACCUCCAUCAUGUGGUUGUCCCAACUCUAAAGAGUAUGCAGGACAUUUGGAGUAUAUGAGACUGUAUGCAUUUCUGAUGGGACUCAAUGAAUCAUACAAUCAAGCCCGUAGUCAAAUCCUAAUGAUGAUCCCUUUGCCAUCAGUCAACAAGGCUUACUCAAUGAUCAUGGCUGAUGAAAGUCAAAGAAUCACAGCUGGUUCAUAUUCAGGAGGAGAUAUGGGAGAAUCCUCUUCUACAGCCUUGUAUGCUAGUAAAGGGAAAGAACAUGUGAAUGAACAUCAGUCAGUUAAUUCAUAUCCAUCUGCACUUUAUGCAGGAAAACCAGCAUUUCAUAAGCAAGGGAGAAAUUUCAACUUAAAGUGUGAAGUGUGUAGAAAGAAAGUUCACACUAAGGAAACAUGCUACAAGGUCAUUGGUUAUCCAUCUGACCUCAAAUACAAGAGGAGAUUAGGAAAUGGAGGAGGCCACACCAGAAUGGCAAAUGCAAUUGAACACAGUGAAGUUGAACACAAUGAUCCAUUUGGUGCAGUUGCAAAAUCUAUGCAGGGACAGGAUGCUGAUUAUCAUUUUGCACCAGGACCUGCUUUCACAAAGGAACAGUACAAUUAGAUACUGAACCUGUUGAGCAAAGAUAGAGCUCAUGAAACAACAGGUGACAUGACAGUCAACAUGGCAGGUACUAAUAUUGGUUCUUCUAUACCACAAAGUGGUAAUGAGAAUGAUAAUGAAAUAGCUCUCACAACAUAUACCAAUC